AUGUCGCCCAGUGCCCGAGUCUACUGUCCGAUAUGUCGGAAGACGUACAGUCGACUGGAUCAUUUACAACGACACCUCGCAAACCACGCUCCCUGGCGUCCAUUCGUGUGCGGCACUUGCAGUAAAGCGUUUAAGCGCAAGGACGUUCUGCGACGACAUUCAAUCAUGUGUCAUGCGCCCCCUAGGGACGGCAACGAUCUGAGAAGUGCUCCCGCAAAGGUGAGGACUAAUCGGACCGCUUGCGACCGCUGUGCGAGGUUGAAGCGAGCGUGUGAUUCGAUGAGACCCUGCAGGAACUGCGCUGAGAAGAAAGAAACCUGUUCCUACACCUGGCUCCAGGAUCAUACGCCCGAAAUUGACCUUGAACAUGCACUAGAAGCAGGACAUGAAAGAGACUGCAGCACGUUAUCAACUUCGCUUCCUUUCCCCUAUACGUCGGCACUCCAAGCCACCUGGCCUGAGGAUCGAACAGAACCACAAUCUCCUCCAGACGACUUCAGAACGCACACUUACCUGCCUCCGGGAUCCCUCGAUCCUGCAUCCGACGACAUGGAGUCGUCGUGGGCGGUCACGGAUGGAUUAUCCCCAGAUAAUGACUUCUCCACUCUUGCUCUAGGAACCGAUUUUGUUGAACGAGAACGCGACCCUCGGGAGUCCUUCAGCUUCCUUAUCCGGUUUACGAGAAAUGACGAAGGCAUGGGCGGGGCGUUUGCAAUCGACACGGAAGCAUUGAGGGAGAUUCUGCCAGAGCCGUCCUUGUCAGAGAAAGAUUCGGAUGGCUUGAGCGAAGUGGCUGAGUAUGGCGGUUCAUUGCCAUUCAACAACCGGUAUCUGCCGGAGGGGAGGCAAAUCUUCCCGCAUGGAGGUUGGGAUCACCUAGCAGACACUGUCUCCGCCACCAACCCUGGCAGGCCAGUCCAACUUCCCCUCGAAUCCUUUGCGACUUCACAAUGGGUGGAGCUUUCCACGGGUCAAAAUGCCUCCUUCGAGGGAUUGCGAUCCAAUUCCACCAGAGGUUCUCAUUCUCUGACGCGAUCUAGCACAGACUGCGAAUCGAAAUACCGUCACUUGUCGAUCAAGUCACACCAGAUCUUCACAGCGAUCAAAAAGAUGUCACUCAGCGGCCAGGGCGUGGAAUCCAUCAACAGGACAGGCGCGGACGAUUGGUCACCGUUCUUGGAGCGGGAAUGCGUGGACUUUUUCCGUCCGGCAAAUCUCCACCGCUUCCACGAGUAUUUCUGGACGCUCUGGUAUCCAAACUGCCCAACAAUACACAAACCCAGUUUCGACGCUACGACCGCACCUCAUCAAUUACUCGCUGCAAUGGCCUUGAUUGGUGCAUCCCUGUCUCCAUAUGCUAGUGAUCAUUCCCGGGCCAAGCUGUGGUUCGACGUUGUGGAAAAACUCGUCUUCUACGACGAGAGAACCUACAACGUCGAUGAGGGGAGCUGCAUUCCCUGCUUCCCGGACCAGCUAGAAGCGAGGCUUCGAGCCCUCCAAGCCGCGUACGCAGUUUGCCUCUAUCAGAACUGGGAGGGCGGGGAUGCCGCUAAAGGGAGGAUCCGGAGGCAGAGAUACAGCAUGGUAAUCUCGGUUGCCCGCGAUUUGAUGCGUUACGCCAACCAUGUGCGACUGGACUGCUUGGAUCCGCACACCUUCUCCUGGAAGGACUUCGUCGUGAAAGAGGAGGUGAUUCGAUCGAUCAUGUAUGUCUUCCUACUCGACACGGCUUUUACCAUCUUCAACAACUUCCCUCCAAGGAUGGUCCUCCGAGAAGCCACAAAUGAUUUGGCAUGUCCCGAACCUUGUUUCCAAGCCUCUACAGCGCUCGACUGCUUCAAUAAAAUCCAGAAAUGGAUUUCGCAUCCACUAUAUAAGAAAGGUAUUCCCUUCCAUGCGGCUGUCCGAAGUUUGCGACAGAAGACCCUUGACGCAGGCACUAAAGCGUACCUUUCCCAAUGCGGUGUUCUCAAUCUUUGGACCAUUGUGUCAUCCUUUCAUAGUUUCCUUUUCAACAUUGACCCAGUCUUUGGUUCUGACGCACAGUUCGAGACGUUGCGGAAUGCUAUAAUCAACUGGAGGGUCGUGUGGAAUCUACGCUUCGAGCCUGACUUCGUGGACUGCUACGGCACUCACGACCUCUGGGCCCCUCAAUGUAUGACGGAACCUGACACUCCAUGGAAAAGGAUCGGGUUUUACAGGAACGCCUCGGAGUAUUGGUUGCUGGCGCGUGUCAUGCUGGAAAAGGUGGAAUCCUUUCGAAAAACGGACGAGGCUGAGCACAGCCCUUUGGAAUGUAAAGACUCUCGUGGGACCGGAGUCCCGCUGAUCCUGUCCAAAUUUGAUGAGACCAGCAUGGAUCAGGUGAACGACUUGAUUACCAGCUUUCAACCGCUGAGAAUGAGUGAAUAA